CUUCCCUCGCCUUCUGCUGACGCUGACGUCGGAUGAGGGAGCUGGAGGGACGCUCGGAUCGCGGCCGGGAGGCUCCUGGGGGCCGGGGCUCCGAGAAAGAAGAGUGACUGCCAAACAGUUGACAAGCUGUCCAUUAUAGGACACAUCCCGGCUUCAGGAAGGUUAUAAUAUAACUUAUCCUCUUAUGCUUUUUCCCUGCCCCUUCUUCCCAAAUCAUCAACAGUAGAAAAAGAAGAAGAAAACAUGUCAGGACACAAAUGCAGUUAUCCCUGGGACUUACACGAUCGAUAUGCUCAAGAUAAGUCAGUUGUAAAUAAAAUGCAGCAGAAGUAUUGGGAAACGAAGCAGGCCUUUAUUAAAGCCACGGGGAAGAAAGAGGAUGAACACGUCGUUGCCUCCGACGCAGACCUGGAUGCCAAGCUGGAGCUGUUUCACUCGAUUCAGAGAACCUGUAUGGACUUGUCUAAAGCAAUCGUACUCUAUCAAAAGAGAAUAUGUUUCUUGUCUCAAGAAGAAAACGAACUGGGAAAAUUUCUCCGAUCCCAAGGCUUCCAAGAUAAAACCAGAGCAGGAAAAAUGAUGCAAGCGACAGGAAAGGCCCUCUGUUUUUCUUCCCAGCAAAGGUUGGCCUUGCGAAAUCCUCUGUGUCGCUUUCACCAAGAAGUGGAGACCUUUCGACAUCGGGCCAUCUCGGACACUUGGCUGACGGUGAACCGCAUGGAGCAGUGUCGGACUGAAUACCGAGGGGCGUUAUUAUGGAUGAAGGACGUGUCCCAGGAGCUUGAUCCAGACCUCUACAAGCAAAUGGAGAAGUUCAGGAAGGUGCAAACACAAGUUCGCCUUGCUAAAAAAAGCUUUGACAAAUUGAAGAUGGAUGUGUGUCAAAAAGUGGAUCUUCUUGGAGCAAGCAGAUGCAAUCUCUUGUCUCAUAUGCUAGCAACAUACCAGACCACUCUGCUUCAUUUUUGGGAGAAAACUUCUCACACGAUGGCAGCCAUCCAUGAGAGCUUCAAAGGUUAUCAGCCAUAUGAAUUCACUACCUUAAAGAGCUUACAAGACCCUAUGAAAAAGCUGGUUGAGAAAGAAGAAAGGAAGAGGAUGGCCCAGCAGGAAAGUGCAGAGGCCUCAGUGGAGGAGCCAAGUCAGUUAAUUUCAUUAGAGGAUGAAAACCAGCACAAGGAAUCCUCGAGUUUUAAGACUUGCCUGGGCCCAGUGGCAGGGACCCUGGAAUCUGAAGGUGCUGACAAAGAUGACCUGCUGCUGCUGAGUGAAAUCUUCAACACCUCCUCCCUGGAAGAGGGCGAGUUCAGCAAAGAGUGGGCUGCUGUGUUUGGAGACGAUCGGCUGAAGGAGUCAGUGCCCACUCUGGCCCCAGGAGAGUCAGACCCCAAGCCCCAGACAGGCUCAGGAUUCCUCCCUUCACAGCUUCUAGAUCAAAACAUGAAAGACUUAGAGGCUUCGCUGCAAGGCUGGUCAGAGAGCAAUGUCAAUGCUACUUCUCCUCCAUGGCCAGCUCCAAAGGCAAGCAGUCCAAAUGGCAGCAGCCCUGCAGUGAAAGAGCCUGCCAAGGCCUCCUCGGACCUGACUGCCUGGUUCAGCCUUUUUGCUGAUCUCGACCCAUUAUCAAAUCCUGAUGCUGUUGGGAAAACCGAUAAAGAACAUGAAUUGCUCAAUGCUUGAGUCUGCGGCCUCCAGGAGGGAGCCCUCGAACAGCUCCGAAUCAAGACAUGGGGGGCUUGCAGAUGUAGGAAGUGAUCCGUAUGCUGUUUUAAUAUUUACGUGCCAUUUUAAUAAAAUGAAAGGGUCUAAGGCCCUGUUUAUA